ACCCCCCGCUCCAAGAUUCGAAGGCGUCUGAAAGCGUUGAAAUAACUACAGAGAGAGAGAGAGAGAGAGAGAGGCAGAGAGGGAGGGACGCCUAGUGUGAGUUCAACUGCGAGAGCUUUAAAUCAGCCAACGAACUGUCUUCAGAUCCCUGUAAGAUUUUGUUGCUGGCGGGUUUUUAGAUCCGUGAGGAGACUUUUUUGGUUGGAUGUUAGUUUGAAUUUGAUCAAUUAUGGGUGGAGAAGAGACCGUGACUGAAGUUUCUGAGGCAGCAGCAAAUGGGACUGCCGCCCCUGAACAGAAGGAGAAUGAUUUUGCUCUGAAGAAGGAGGGGGGAAAAGAUGAGGUGAAAGAAAUGGAAGAGGAUGGCAAAGAUGAUGGGAAAGUUGAAAUGCAGAAAAUGGAUAUGGACAUAGAGGGCAAAGAGAAUGAGCAGACCUUAGAAGGAAAGAAAGAAGAAGAAAAAAAACAAAAUGAAGAGGAGAAUGAGGAAAAGAAGGAGGAAGCCGAAAGUGAGGCAAUGGAAGAGGAAACAGAGGCAAAAACCGAGCGGGGUGAAGAAAAGGUUGAGGGGAAGGCAGAUGAAUUAACGGAUGUAGAAGAGAGGACUGAAGAGAACAAACGAGAGAAAGCAUCCAAGAAGCGUGGAAGAGGGAAAUCUGCUGGGGCAAAAAUUGGCAGUGCUAAAAAGGAUGUGGAAGAGAAAAAGGAGCUGAAAACCCCUGUGGUUUCUGUGAGUGAACGCCCUGUACGUGAACGGAAAUCAGUGGAAAGGCUGGUUGCAUCUAUUGAGAAAGACUCCGUCAAGGAAUUCCAUAUUGAAAAGGGCAGUGGUACUGCACUGAAAGACAUUCCAAAUGUGUCAUACAAAAUAUCAAAAAGGAAGAAUGAUGACAUUUUGAAAUUACUUCAUACGAUUCUCUUUGGAAGGAGGGGCAAGGCAAUUCAGAUCAAAAGUAAUAUUUCUCGGUUUUCUGGCUUUGUAUGGAAAGAAAAUGAGGAAAAGCAAAAGAUAAAAGUUAAAGAAAAACUUGACAAGUGUGUUAAAGAGAAGUUGUUGGAAUUCUGUGAUGUACUUGACAUACCAAUGGCCAAAGCUACUACCAAGAAGGAAGAGAUUGUAAUUAAGUUAAUAGACUUCCUGGUGGCUCCUCAUGCAACUACUACUGAAUUACUUGCUGAAAAAGAGCAGUCUAGUAAAGGCAAAAAGCGAAAGAGGGUAGUGAAACCGAAUGCAUCACUGUCUGGUAGCACACCGUCAAAACGGUCAGCUAAGAGCCAGAAAGUGAUUGAAGAUGCAACUGAGGGGGAGAAAAAUAAAACUCUGGAAACAGAAGACAAGUCAGAUGAAGAAGAAGAAGAGGAGGAAGAAACUAUGAAUGGUAUUCCUGAAAAAUCAAAAACUGAUGUGCCUCAGCAUUCUGAAAGUGGAGAGGAUAAGGAUGAAUUUGAAGACGAGUCCGAAGAGGACACAAGUAAAAAGAAACGAGGUUCCAAGAAAUCAUCUGCAAAGAAGGAAUCCGUAGAAAAACCAAAAUCCAAGAAAGUCAGAACACCAAAGAAAUCGGGUCCACCCACUAAAAGAACGCCUGGAAAAUCAUCAUCAAAUCACCCUAAGGUUGAUGAUAACAGUGAUUCAAGUCCAAAGACAUUCUCAAGGAAGAAGAGAACUGAGACUGUUAAGCAGAAGUCCUUGGCUCCAAAGAAACCUUCUUCCAAGGAGAAAACUGGAAAAAAGGUUGCAACGGGGAAAGACAAACCUAAAGAAGAUAAAUUGAAGCCAAGCGAUGAUGAACUCAGAAAUGCAAUUGUUGAAAUUCUGAAAGAAGUGGACUUCAACACGGCUACUUUCACUGACAUCUUGAAACAACUAGCUGGGAGAUUUAAGUUGGAUCUUACUCCCAGGAAGUCUUCGAUUAAGCUCAUGAUUCAGGAUGAACUUACCAAACUAGCUGAUGAAGCCGAUGAUGAGGAAGAUGAAGGCGAUGCCGAUGCCGAUGCCGAUGCCGAUGCCGAUGCCGAGAAAGACGAGACCGAACCUUCCAGACAAGGUGUUGAGGCUUGACUGCUGAGGUUAGAACAUGGCUAGAUGAAAAAAAAAAAAGAAAAAAGGAAUAGUUAUCCUAAACUUUAAUACUUCUUUCAACCUUGUAUUGCGUCAUGCUACUACCUUGUCGUGUCUGUUAUCUUAAAGUACAGCUGUCUGUAAUUUAUUGGUAGUAGUUUAUUUACCCUUAACUUAUGUUCUCUAGAAAUUGAUGUUAGUUAUAAUGUGAUUUGAGUUUAUAAUG